AUGAAACGACUGAACUCCCCAAAAGACGACAACGUCCCCGUUUAUAUCUUUGUGUUACUCUUCACCAUUCUUCUCCUCAGCUACUUCCCCCCACUCGGCGUCUUCCUUAUCUCCGGCUGCGGCGUCGAUUUCUGGAUCAACGUCUGCCUAACGAUCCUGGGAUAUCUCCCCGGCCAUGUGCACGCCUUCUACCUAGAAUACGUCUAUUAUCAGCGCAAGAAGCUAGAUCCCAUGGCUCAUGCCACUGAACGCCGCGCUCCAGGCGUCUACUCAGAUCGCAUUCAAAAUGGAGGCCACCCGAACCGGAACUAUGGAACUGUUUGA